AUGCAAUUGGGGAAGUUCUUCUCUCACCGCAUGGAGUCUUACAAGGAGUUGACUUGUGAGUUUUUGGCGUCGAUGAAGCAUCACGAGUUUGAUGAGCUCGAUCGAGCUGAGUUGGACCAAGGCUGGGGGUACAUAACUUUCUUGGCAAAGGGAGAGAAGAAGAUGGUGACCUUUAGGCAGCUUGAGAUACUGUUUGGGUUCACCUAUGGAGAAGGUCCAAGGCUGCCCAGAUCAGAAGUCCUGUGCUUAGAUAUGUCCACAAGGCUCUUGCAAACACCUUCUUUGCAAGGAAAGCCACUGGAACAAUCAAUGAGGGAGAAGUGA